GCUCAGUCAGGAGAGCUGGCUGGCAGAAACGAGAUGCUUUUUUUAAUCAGUGAGAGAUGCGGUUGUGAAUUCAGCCGCCCCCCUCCAUCAGCCCCUGCUGCUUUGGUGUCCCAGGGCAGCAUCCCCGGCCCUGCAGCAGCUCCUUCCUCCUCGCACAAUUCCCAGGGACGGCAGCUCCAAUAAGCGCAGGCAGCCGAAAUGAUUCAUGGAAAAAAUUUGCCAAAAUCAGAUGAUUCCCAGGCCGCCGAGCCCCUCACCCAUCCCUCUCCCUAUCCCCUCCCCUUCCAGCAGCAUUCCCUCCCCCACCCCUGAGCCAAGCAUCUCGGAGAAAGGCUGUGCCUGCACAGCCCGUGUGACAGCAGGAGGGAGCGGGAGCCGUGCCUGGAGCUGCCGGGGAAGGGCUCUCAUCCCCGGGAAGCGCAGGGAGCCCGGGGGCAGCAGCUCUGCCUUUCCCGGCCGCUCCUCCGCCGCUGCUCCGCUCCCGGGGACGCACCAUGGGAUGAGGAGCAGCCCCGCAGCCGAGCGAUGGAAACCACCGGCUGUGCCGCUGACCAAAAUGCACCAGCGGGAGACAAAUAACCCCCGAGGAAACCCUGCAGGAGCCAGAGCCGGGCUGCAGAACCCCCUGACUCCGGGACCGACCCCACUGCCGGGGGCUGCGCAUUGAAGACCCUGAGUCGGUUUAUUUUUUCCCCCGUGUGUCGCUUCUGCCGGGAAUCCGUUCAGCAUUCUGGCUCUCCCGUAGUUUGCCAGGAGCCGGCGAUGUCUCUCCAGUGAACCCUGAGCAUGUGAAAGGGAGCGAGGCAUGAGCGGAGCCGGCAUCCUGCGGCUCGCCGGGACGCGCAUUCUGUGAGGCGAGAGGUUAAAGUGGGAUCAUGGGAGGGAAGCAGGUCAAAUGCCUGACAUCCCCCAGCCCUGUCCACAGCGCCAAGAGCGAAUCCACCGUAGCCCCCUCCGAGGAGAAGGAGAGGCUCGUGAUCCUCCAGGCUGAAGAAACAGAGACUAAAACAGAAGAAUCCGAUUGCCACUUCCAGCCCGAGUGGCAGGCGGGGACCUCUGCAUCCUACCUGGAGAACUCAUGGGAGGAGCAGCUGCUGGAACAGCAGGACCACCUGGAAAAGGAAAUGGAGGAGGCCAAAAAGAUGAUUUCGGGUUUGCAGGCUUUGCUGCUCAAUGGAUCUUUACCUGAGGAUGAGCAGGAAGGCUCCUUUGAGCUUUCUGAGCGUGGGGCCUGCCCCGAGGAGCAGCUGAUCAUCAUCCGGAGCCGCCUGGACCAGAGCGUGGAAGAAAAUCAAGAUCUGAAGAAGGAGCUGCUGAAAUACAAACAAGAAGCUCGGAACCUCCAGGGAAUAAAGGAUGCCCUGCAGCAGAGGCUGAUCCAGCAGGACGCUGCUGUGCUGCAGCUCAAGCAGGAGCUGCUCCGAGCCAACAUGGACAAGGAGGAGCUGCACAACCAGAACGUUGACCUCCAGAGGAAGGUUGAGGAGAGGAACCGGCUCCUGGCAGAGUACAAAAAGGAGCUGUGCCAGAAGGAUCGGCACCUGCAGCAGCACCAGAGCAAACUGGAUGAAAUGCUCAGGCAGCUCUCCGAGGCCAGCUACCAGCAGGUGGAUUUGGAGCGGGAGCUGGAGCACAAGGAGGCUCUGCUGGCUCACUGCAUGAAGAGAGAUGCUGAGGAGGUGAUGGCUUACAGCAGCCACAGUGCCCAGAGCAAUGGUUUCCUCCAGACUGCAGGAAAAGGAGCUGCUCCCACAGCCCACCGAGGGAGCAAUGACCUGCAGCUGGUCCGGGAUGCCCUGCGCAGCCUCAGGAACAGCUUCAGCGGCCACGACCCGCAGCACCACACCAUCGACAGCCUGGAGCAGGGCAUCUCCAGCCUCAUGGAGCGCCUGCACCGCCUGGAGACGCACAAGAGGCAGGAGAGGAGGGGCCGGGGGAAAUCACCAGCAAGCAGAGCCACCAACGAGUGCAGGGACUCGUGGCCCCCCAAAUCCAAGCUGCCUCACUCUCAGAGCACACCCGUGAUGAGCACCAGUGCCUGCACCAAAGUGUUGUACUUCACCGACCGCUCCCUCACCCCCUUCAUGGUCAGCAUACCAAAGAGGUUAGGGGAAGUGACUCUGAAGGAUUUCAAGGCAGCCAUCGAUCGGGAGGGAACCCACCGGUACCACUUCAAAGCCCUGGAUCCAGAGUUUGGCACAGUGAAGGAGGAGGUGUUCCAUGACGAUGACAUCAUUCCUGGCUGGGAGGGGAAAAUCGUGGCCUGGGUGGAAGAAGACCACGGGGAGAAUUAAUGGAGCUUUCAAGUGCUGUUUCUAUGGAAACUGUGACUGUGUGCAGAGCUCACAGAGUGACCGAGGAGCUCGCCCGCCGGGAGGAGGGCAAGCCAAGCUGCCAAAAAAGAGCCACGGGUGCUGCUGCUUGUGUUCACCUGAGGCUGGGGACACAAACACCCUGCCAGCAAAACCCUGGAGGCCUUAAGGAUGCUCAGCCCCCUGCUCCUGCUCCUCCAGCCCUGCCUGCUGUGCUGCACGCUCUGCCGGGCAUCUCCUGCACUGGUGGCACAGAAAUCUGCACUGGUGGCACAGAAAUCUGCACCCAUGGCACAGAAAUCUGCACCCAUGGCACAGAAAUCUGCAGCCAUGGCACAGAAAUCUGCA